AUGAAUCCAAUAAGGCUGUCGCCGAGAUCGUGUGAUACUUUUGUUGUUUUACCACCGCUAACUAACAAAAAUUCAGUUAUAUUUGGGAAGAAUUCCGACCGUCCUCAGAACGAAGUCCAAGAAGUCAUACUGUCAAAGGGUCGAACUCGAAAUUCCAAAUUGAAGUGUACGUAUAUAACAAUUGAUGAAAGUCCGAAUCUUUUGAAUAGUGUAAUAUUAAGUAAACCUUCAUGGAUGUGGGGUGCUGAAAUGGGUGCUAAUGAUAAAAAUGUAGUUAUUGGUAAUGAGGCUGUAUGGACUAACAACAAUGAAGGUGAUGGAGACGCUAGACAAAAGCGUUUAUUGGGAAUGGAUCUUGUUAGGCUUGGAUUAGAAAGAGGGAAUUCAGCUGAAGAGGCAUUAGAAGUAAUUACGUCUCUACUUGAAAAAUAUGGGCAAGGUGGUCCAUGUUCUGAGUAUGAUGAUAGUCAUUUCUAUCACAAUUCCUUUCUCAUUGCCGAUUGUAAGGAAGCCUGGGUUUUGGAAACCAGUGGAAAACUGUGGGCUGCGGAAAAGAUCACGUCUGGAUACCGUAACAUUUCUAACGGCCUAACAAUAAAGACAAAAAUUGAUAAGCAUUCGGAAGGAUUACUUGAGAAAGCUGAGGCUAUGGGACUUUGGGAUGGCAAGGGAAAAUUUGAUUUUAGUAAUGCCUUUUCCUCUGGCGGCGAUGAAAAACGACAGCAAGAAGGAGAAAGAUUGUUAAAGGAAGGCACUGCGUCUAAGAACUUCGAUGUUAAAGAUAUGUUCAAAAUUCUAAGACAUAAAGAGAGCGGUAUUUGCAGAGCGUGUGAUGACACGUUUCCAACUCAAGGAAGUCAGGUGUCAUCUUUAACUUCAGAAGGUUUAAGCGUUCAUUGGUUCACUGCUACGCCGGACCCAAGCAUUUCAUAUUUCAAGCCAUUCGUUUUUACGCCCAAUGCUAAAAUCUCGUCUCACACUGAGAGUCCUAAUGAGAAAAAAAGAGAGCACUACUUAUACAAGCUUCACAACGAAAACGUAGCAAAAGGUGGAAACGAAAAGAUCGCCGAAUUGCUCUGCGAAAUUGAAAACGGGUGUUUGACCGAAAUCGAGGAGUUCAUACAAAAGUAUGAGAGAAAAGAGAAAAAUAUAAGCGAGUUAGACGAUUUGAUGGAAAAGUGUGUGGAAAAUGAACUGCGCGUCAUCACAUCCACA